AUGGAAGAUGAUAAUAAUGACGGUCCAUUUGCCGUGUGGCAAAUGUUUAAUGCGCCUACUUUAGUGCUAUUUAACAAUAUAGAACAUGCUGAAGAGGGUUUACAUAGACUCCUGUCUUCUAUAUUAAAAUUAUCAGGAGAUUUUUCAGAAGUGUUAGUGCCCCGAUCUGGGAAUGCCAAAUGUCCAGAUUCUCUAUAUAGUGCAUUUAAUACAUGGCUUCUUGGCAGAUUAUUUUAUGUUUGUUCUGUUAAUGAAUUAUCUAGAAUUCAUGCAAUGAGUAAGGAUGCACAGCUAAAAAUUCUCAACAUAUUGUGCAUAAAUGGAGCUUCUUUUUACAGUGAACUACAUUCACAAUAUUUUUUGAUAUUAUUUAAUCUCUUGGAAUAUUAUAAAGAUUUUCCAAAUAAUGAAAAAACAAUAAUAACAUUGCAAAAUUUUACACCUGAAGUUAUAGAAAUACCUAAUGAAGAUAUUAAUCUGGAACCCAUUUAUGUAAAAGUGAAAGAUAUAUCAACAUGUAAAACUUUGAUAAAUUUUAUUUUACAAUUACUCUCUGAAAGUAUACCAUUAAGUUUAUUGCAAUACAAACAAAAUAAUCUUGAAGAGCAAGCUUUCACAGGCAUAAUAUAUGCUAUUCAAAAUUUUAGCAUUGAUGUUAAAUAUAUGAGCUUAGUUUUUUUUUGUAAUCUCAUAAAGAAUAUGAAUAAACAGUCUGUCACGAAAUUUUAUGAGACUUUUCCAAAUUUUUAUAUACUUGUGUUACAUUGUCUUGAAGCCAUUGUUCAAAAUAUGAAUGUACUGAUUGGUAAAUGUGAAAUUGAUAGUGUGCUAUUCUAUGAUUUUAACAAAAUGUUAUUAGAAUUUCUAGAAAUAAUUGAGGAUGACAGUGAAACUGAAAGCCAACAGAUUUUGAUAAGAAUCUGUUCAGUGGUAUUGAGUAAAACUUCAAGCAGAAUAUUCAAUAAAGAAUUGAAGUUACAUUGUUUACUACUUAGCAGAAAAAUUGAACUACCCAAAGAUCUAUUAAAUAUAUCAGAUAACAUGGAUUCUUGUGAAAUUGAAAAGCUAACAGAUUAUUACAGCAAAAACAUUUUAGAAGAUAUUCAAGUUAGUAGAAAUAUGAAUAAACCUAUUGACACAUAUGAAAGUUGGUGUUACAUGCAAGUGCUGUCUGUAGUUAAUUCACUUAAGACUUGCGAACAAUCAAAUAUGGAUAUUUUUCUCAUUAACCACUAUUUACAAAGAUGUCACAAAGCCUUAGGAAUAUUAGAGAUUGUUGCUUUUGAAGUGAAAAGAUUAUUUGAUGAUGAAAAGUCAAAUGAUUUAAUAUCAAUGCAGAACAUUAGGAAUGUCUGGUUUACAUUGAUUCAGUUGCAAAAACAACAUACAUUUCUAAUAGUGAAUAAUGAAAACUGCUUUGAGUCAGUAAUGAGAAUAGUUCUUUCAACAAUAAAUUUAAGUAAAAAUUUCACAAAAGAAGAUACCUCUUUGUUACUCCGGAUACUCUGUCUCUAUGAAAUACAGUCCCCAGAGAAAAAUUUGCCAUUUAGUGAAAGUAUAAGAUUAAAAAUACUAAAAUCUUUACUAGUUGCAAAACUUCAUAUUAGACCAAAAACUAGUGAGUGGGAUAUUAUGAUCACAUCACUACAUACAUCUUUAGUUAAAAAUAAGGAGUCCAACAACAUGAAAGAGGUUUUACAGUUAUGUCCAUUUUUAGUAUUAAAUAAAGUAGUUUCAGCGAGCAGAGUCAUAGGUGAUGUCAUGAUGCCAGUCUUUAUGAGAAAAGAAAUUGAAGUUCAAAAAGAAAUUCUGAAGAUCUUAAAGUCUAUUGCUUGUAUGUCUUUAGGAACUUAUAAUAUUAUAAUUAAUACUGAUAAAAAUAAAUUAGGUGAAGUUAUAUACACAAAUAAUGGUUUAAAUAUUUGCAUUAUUUGUACUAAGUGCCAUACUUUGAAUGAUCAAGUAAGUUCUUCUGAAGCCAUUUGCUUAGAAAUUAGAAAGGAAUUUAAAGUUUUACUAAGUGAAAGUAAUUCAAUAACACCAACAAAAAUUUCAACUUAUGAUGGGUUGAGGAAGCUGUUUGGAAAUUUUCUCAAUUUGAAAGUGUGCGAAGGAAAUGAAGAAUUUUGGCAUUUGGUUAGAUCCCUGUCAAACCAUUAUUGCAUUUUUAAUUAUAAUGUUUCAACAAAAAUCAUCAGUGAACAAUUUUUGAAAGAAGUGAUUUACACAUUUAAGCCAUUUAUGGAUGAUACUCAGGUAUACAAAUAUCCCCACUGGAAUUCAUUCAGAGAUACAAUAAUGGAUAUGUGUCUCAAUAUGUUAGUAAAGUUAACGAGGACAUGCCUACAAAAUAGUAAUUUAAACUUGCAAACUGAAACUUUAGAAUAUAUUAAUGACUUGGGCUUAUGUCAUAAUUCUAAACUAAUAUUGCCUGUUACAAAACUACUAAUUUUCUUUAUAAUGCACCCACAAUGUCCUUUAUCACCAAAAGCAGUUGUCUAUUUGGAGGAUAUCUGUGAAUUCCAAGGUUUUACUCCAAACCAGAUCUACCACAGAUACAAGAAGGAUUAUUGCAAAUUGUUUGUUGAAUGCAGUUUGUAUAAUGGCAAAGACUUCAUUGUUUAUCUUCUUAAAGCUAUUAAGGCUUUUGGAUUUGUAGGCUACAGAGAAUUUAUAUCUAAAGAUAUUCAUCAUUUUUUGCCAUAUCUCAUACCUUACUCUGUUGUUGUGAAAGAAGUUCCAUCUAUGAUUGAAGAGAUCGCGGCAUUAGUUCAAUGUUCCAUAUCAGAUUUCCUCAUUGAAAGAUUUCCUCAUAUAUAUGUUCAUGUAUAUUUGAAUGAAUCCGAUCCUGCGGCUAAAAAAUGUUACGAGAUUAUAGAAACGUUGACCGAAACAAGUACCUUGAAUCUGAUAAAGAAGCACUUUCGGGUCAUUUUGACGGAAUUUCUAUUACAGUAUUGCACUAAUCCAGAAAAAGUUUUAAAUGCGUGCAGACACUUAGCCUGCAAUGAUCCGGAUAUAUCUAUUUCACAAUUUAGUAUGAGCAUGAGUACGACGCAAAUUGCAGAUUUUCUUAAUCCUAAAUUUUUGGGAGUUUUAGCAUAUUUCGAUCACAAAUUAGUCAAUGCUAAAGUGGCAUUGUCGGUUAAACGUAAAGCUUUGAAGAGCUUUCCAGAUAUUAUGCAGUUAAUGGGAGCAAAAUAUUUGACGCCAUUAAGAUUUAAAGUGCUUGCUACUUUGAGAUCGGCGUUGCCGUUAGCAAAAGAAUUCCCAAAGAUUUUAGCAGAAGCAUGGGGGGCCUUUAUAUAUAAUAUCGAUAGUAUCUGCUUAGGCCCCUUAUUGUCAAAUUUGGCCGUUUCAUUGCUCCAUCAAUUCGAAUACGCACCACAAGAAAUAAAUAAGAUUUUCCACUAUCUCCUACUAAAUAAUGAAAAUUUAUUGAGCUCUCAUAUCUCUGAUUUAUUCUUCGUUGUAGAUUCAGAUAUUUCUGAAAAAGUUAAGUUAGUGAUAAAUAAACAUGUAAAGAGGACUCAGCCUGAAGGUUUUCAGGAUAAAAUCAAGUGGUAUUUGCAGCAUUUAAAUCACGAUAUUCCGAAUAUUAAAGCGCAUGCUUUCUCGCAUUUGGACAAACUGUUAAAAAGCAAUAGAUCUGAAAUCCACGCUGCCGUAUUUGGUAGUAAAAACAUUGAAAGUGCUAUCGUGGAAUUAAUAGACAGUUUACUUGCUGGUUGUAAAGACUCGGAUCCUAAAGUGGCCAUAGCCAGUGGGUCCUGUCUUGGUCAGCUCGGGGCCAUAGAGGCCGGUCACUUGCCUCGCCAAUAUGUGCAAGAUAGAUCGCCAUUUGCAUUCUCUAUCAACGAUGAUUGCUUUGCUGCAACAGCACUGGUGGAGUUGACAAGAGCAUUCCAAUAUGAGAAGGAUACUAUUAAUAUGGACAGCUACGCUUUAUCGAUACAGGAAAUAUUGAAGGUUUACGAUAUAUCUCCAACCGGCUCUAAAAAGGAAGUGUGGGACAGCUUUCCUGAGAACAUGCAUCAAAUUAUGCAUCCAUUACUAAGUUCUAGGUACACUUUGGCGUAUCCAUCACAGCCGAAAAAGGUGCAUCCAUUAUUUGGCUCUGUGCAUGCUACUACGUUUUUGGAAUGGGUUCACAAUUGGGCAGGACAACUAAUCCCGCUGAUAAAGUCAGAAAGCACCCGCGAGCUACUGCGCUCCGUCCACCCGAGCAUGCGCCGCGACGUGCGCACGCUGUUCCUGUUCCUGCCGUACGUGUUGCUGCACGCGGCGCUGUCCGACGCGCGCGCGCGGUGUGUGCGCGAGGAGAUGCUGGCUGUCAUUGGACUAGAAAGUAUUGACACUGAUAACCCAAGAUUGACACAAAAUGUAAACUCUGUCCAAGCUGAAGAAGGCAAUCAGGGAAAAUGCAGUAAGACAAUAUAUACGCUAUUGGACUUCCUAAAUAGAUGGCUGCUAGAAUACACCCACGUCAAGCAGAAGCCUUUGGAAAAUGAAGAUUACCAAAUAAUAAAGAAGUUUAUGAAUACGUUCGAUAAGCUAGUGAUAGCGCGCGGUAACUUCGCGUGCGGUGAACUUGAACGUGCUUUGCAGUACUUAGAGUUGUAUAUGGACGAGAAUAAAGAUAAGAUGCAAGAACAAUUGUCUUUCAUGGCCGAAAUAUAUGCUUUGUUGGACGAACCUGACUCCGUUGCUGGUAUUCUCUCUAUCAAAAGGUCAGAGCCGUCACUAAAAGAGUUAAUUUUGACUCAAGUAGUGACCGGGCGCUUGCAAGACGCAGCGCUCUGCUACGAGCGCUUGGCGCAAGAGGGACAACUGGACAGGCAUAGCUUGCAAGGCAUGGUGGACUGCUACUUAGGCCUGGACCAGCCGUUCACAGCGCUCCGUCUGCUCGGCGAGCACGACGCCGACAUGGAGGAGCUGACGGCUGAGCCGCUGUGGCGGCUGGGCAGGUUCGACCAACUAGAACAACUGACUAGUAAAUCUGUGCCACCAUCACGCGAAAAUUGGGGAUUGCUAAUGGGUCGAAUUCUACUUGCUUAUCGCAAACAGGAUCACGAUGUCUUUAAAAUAACAUGUGACGAAGCAAAGAGUAAGUUAUUGUUACAAAUGGAUGGUGAAAGUAGGGGCGAGAGUGCUCUUAAAAGUGGAUACCAAAGUGUGUUAGGACUGCACAUUAUUACUGAAGCGGGACAUGCUGAAGAGGUCUUGAGAAGAUUAAAAGAACUAAAUGAUGAUAACAAACAAGGUGCCGAUAUUAUAAAUCAAUUACUGAGUGAGUGGCGAUUGAGACUAUCGCUGGUGCAGUCCGACGUGCGGACGGUCGAGCCGCUGCUGAGAUUGAGAAGAAUACUCCUGCAACAAACACAGGAAUUGCUGGAGCCAACUCAUCCUGUCACUGCUAGCAAUCUGAAGGCGUGUAUAGGAGACUUAUGGCUCGAAAGUGCAAAACACGCGAGGAAAGCGGGGAUAUAUCAACAAUCAUACAUGUACAUACUGAACGCGGAAGAGUACAAGCCGGAGGAGCUGUUCAUAGAGAAGGCGAAGAUGUACUGGGCGCGCGGCCAGCACGAGCACGCCUUCACCGCGCUGCGGCGCGGCCUCGACGACGCCUUCCCGCGCGAGGACGCGCUCGCGCAGGAGCAGAGGAAAAUUUGUGCAAAGGCAAGACUUCUUAUUGCGAAAUAUAACGAUGAAACCACAAAAGUAGAUGUUGAUGUUAAUAUCGGAUAUUACAAAGAAUCUGUUGAAGUGUUUAAGCAGUGGGAAAAAAGCUUGGUAUGUCUCGGCUCGUACUAUGAGAGAGCCAGCAGCAACGACUCUACGGCGAGUCCCAGCACGGUCUGGACGAGGCGCCUCUACGCCCUCAACAGCUACGGCAAGGCGCUGCAAUAUGGCCACAAGUAUUUGUAUCAAAGUAUGCCGAGGAUGUUGUCGAUAUGGCUAGAUGUAGAGGUAACUUCGGCAGACACAAGCAUACAUUCAGUGUUGGCUCAAAUGACGGAAAUUAUAACAACUUAUUCUGAAAGGCUGCCCAUUUACUUGUUUUUGACGGCUUUCUCGCAGAUUGUGUCCAGAAUAUGUCACCCUGUUAAAGAAGUGUAUCUCCAACUAAAAGCCAUAAUAGUGAAGUUAAUCCUCGCCUACCCACAACACACGCUGUGGAUGAUGAUGAGCGUGAUCAAGUCCGGGUACCCGCAACGCCUCAAGCGCUGCAGCGAUGUGUUCUCCGACCCGCGUCUAAAGGAGCCGAAAAUGUUAAAGCUGCUGAAUGAUUUCCAGCAGCUCGCUGAGAAGUUGAUUGAGUUGUGCAACAAGCCUAUCGCUACGAACGGAUCGACAACGACAGUGUCAUCCCUCGUGCGGACUCUCCCACGACUGUUAGCGUCGGAGGGCUUCAGCCACGUGAUGAUACCGUUCCAGCAGUUCUGCCGCGUGUCGCUGCCGAGCGCGGCGGCGCGGCGCCAGCGCGUGCAGCUCCACAUCCCCGCUGAGCCCCUGGUACACAUCGCCGGCAUCGACGACCAAGUCACCGUACUGCCCUCGCUGCAGAAGCCCAGGAAGGUCACCUUGAGAGGUUCUGAUGGAAAAGCUUAUAUAAUAAUGUUGAAACCACGUGAUGAUCUACGAAAGGAUUUCCGUUUGAUGGAAUUCAACACGGUAGUGAACAGGUUCCUCCAAGACGACCCCGAGACACGUCGCAGGAGACUGUACAUAAGGACUUACAGUGUGCUGCCGUUGAAUGAAGAAUGUGGAAUUAUUGAAUGGGUUCCGAAUCUAGUGGGCUUAAGACCUGUGUUGUUGCACAUUUACAAACAGAAAGGCAUGCACACGAGUAAUCGCGAGCUGAAAGUGAUGAUGUGCUUGAAGAAGGACUCGUACGAGAAGAAGCGUCGCAUUUACGAGGAGCAGCUGUUGCCGCGACACCCGCCGGUGUUCCAGGAGUGGUUCCGUAGAGUCUUUUCUGACCCAUACGGAUGGUACCAGGCCCGGUCGGCAUACAUCAGGACAACGGCAGUAAUGUCUAUGAUAGGAUACAUUUUGGGUCUAGGAGAUAGACACGGAGAGAACAUAUGCUUCGACUCCACCAACGGCGACACAGUGCACGUGGACUUCAACUGCCUGUUCAACAAGGGCGAGUCCUUCGAGUAUCCCGAGCGCGUGCCCUUCCGCCUCACGCACAACAUGGAGGCUGCGAUGGGCCCUCUCAAACACGAGGGCAUGUAUAGGAAAAGCUGCGAAGUAGUGAUGCGGGUGCUGCGCUCCCAGACGGCGGCGCUCAUGUCGGUGAUCGGGCCCUUCGUGUACGACCCGCUGGUGUCGUGGGGCGGCGGCCGCGGCGACUGCGCCGAGCGCACCAACGAGCAGGCGCUGCACCACUUGGGGCAUAUCCGGAAUAGGCUCAACGGCAUGGUAAAAACGAAAAAUAAACAACUAUCACUGUCGUUAUCGCCUGAAGGGCAAGUGGAGCACUUGAUCGUGGAAGCCACAAGUGUUGAGAAUCUGUGCCAAAUGUACAUCGGAUGGGGACCAUUCCUG